UAUUAGACCCCUAAUUUAUUGUCGGGCCCAAAGCUCCUGUUUCUCACUCUAGAGACCUUUCAGAUCUGGCUGCCUGUGGCGAAAUCGCCAGAACAGUCUUCACGCUGUUCCACCACAUUAUCUUGUAGAACAGUUGCCUAAAGUUAUCGAGUGAUAUAUUCAUAAAUAUGAUGUGUUGAUCUCCGAGGAGUAUUUAAAUACAUAUCUGCCGUUCAAUCAGAAUUCUUUGACCCGUCUCAUUAUUCCCCGGCUGUCAAAAACCGCCAGACUGUCCCAUACUCCCACUUACACCAACAGACUACCUAGUCACAAUGACGAGAAGCAAAGCUGCCCAAGAGGCCACUAUUCAAGACCCUGUAGGCGACGAUGGUGUCAAAGAGGAGCAGGACAUCUCAAGCUCGCCUCCUCAGCCAGCAACCUUCAAGGGACGUCUUCAAAUGAGUGACUUCAUGUUCAAAUCAAAUGAAUCUUCAAAUGGCCAGACUUCCCCUAUACGAAGAUCCCCGAGAUUCACAACUCCUAUCACUUCGACCCCAGCCUCAUCCGCUUCAGCCGCCAAAACGAAGCGGACCAAAGAGCGAGAGGCUGAAGACAUAGAGAAAGAGAUUAAACCAAAGAAAAAGAGAGCACGUCAGGCUUCUGGAUACGCGCCUCCCUCAACAUACGCACAUCUCAAUGGCCUGCCAGAUGCCAUCGCCUCGAAUCUUCUCGUUCUCUUCAUCGGUCUGAACCCUGGUAUACAGACAGCACGAACAGGCCAUGCAUAUGCUCAUCCCUCCAACCUGUUUUGGAAACUCCUCUACUCAAGCGGCCUUACACCACGUCUCUGCAGUCCAACCGAAGAUCGGCAACUCCCUGAACUGUACUCCAUGGGAUUCACCAACAUUGUCGCCCGACCCAGUCGCAAUGGCUCUGAGCUUAGCAAGCAGGAGAUGGACGAGGGGGUUGAAAUUCUUCACGAAAAGUGUCGCAAGUAUCGUCCCGAGUCUGUAUGCGUGGUGGGUAAGAGUAUCUGGGAGAGUAUUUGGCGCGUAAGACAUGGCAAACCUGUUGGAAAGGCCUUCAAGUAUGGCUGGCAGGACGAAUCGGAGAACAUGGGUGUGAUCGAGGGCGAAUGGGAGGGAUCUAAAGUGUUUGUGUCGAGCAGCACAAGUGGUCUUGCUGCUACGUUAUCGCCAGCUGAAAAAGAACGUAUAUGGGCAGAAAUUGGAACAUGGGCUCAGAAACGGAGAGCUGAGAGGGAGCUUGAGGCAAAAGAAGAGAGCAAAUAAAUGUUUAAUAGUGUGUAGUACAUAAGAGAUAGACAUUUACUCUUUUCGACAAACAAUUCACUACAGCAGUUGAUUGCACAG